AUGGCUAUGGGCUUAGCUAAUUCACCUGCUAUUUUUCAAAGAACUAUGGCUAAGGUAUUAAAGGGUACUAAGGCAACCGUUUACAUAGAUGACGUGCCCUUAGCUGUUAAAAAUGUUGAAGAAGGAUUUAAAGAAUUGGAAUUAGUCCUACAAGCCUUUGAAAAAUAUGAUUUGACAUUAAAUUUGGAAACAUGCGAUUUUUUCCGAACAAAAAUCGAUUAUUUAGGUAAAGAGAUUUCUAUUGAAGGCGUUCGACCAGGAAGGUGUAAGACUCGAGCAGUUAUGGAGACUCCUGAUCCCACAAAUUUCAAACAGACCGAGGUUCAUACGGAUGCUUGCUCUAUCGGUUUAGGAGCCAUGUUAAUUCAGAGACUUGAGAAAGAGAAAAGGGUCGUUGCAUACUACAGUCGUAAAACUAGUCCUGAAGAACAAAAAUAUCACUCAUAUGAUUUAGAAACCUUGGCUGUAUUCGUUGCUCUAAAAGUAUUUCACGUUUAUGUGUUGGGAAUUGAAUUGACAGUUGUAACAGACUGCAGUGCUAUUCGAGCGACGGCAAAUAAAAAAGAUAUUCAGCAUCGUGUUUUUCGUUGGUGGGCUUACUUUCAAGACUAUCAUUUUGAUAUUGUAUAUCGCCCGAGCACACAAGUCGCUCAUGUUGAUUAUCUUAGCAGGAAUGCCGUUGAUUGCUUGUCUGUUGAUAUAACAUCUGCAGAGUGGAUUAAGGUUGCGCAAAUGCAGGAUCACGAUAUUGAAGUGAUUCGAAAAAUUUUGGAAUCUGGCGAUAGAACGUCAGAAGGACCGUUCAAGGUGACUGCAGUCUUGCCCAACGAUCGCUAUGAGGUUCAGGACUUGAGGGACUUGAAGAAGUCACCAAAUCAGAGAGCCAUAGUAACAGUAGACAGUCUUCAGAAAUGGGUCACGUUUGAUGCCAUGGAGUAG